CAACUAAUGUUUCUGGACUCAACGAAACUGCCAGAGCUGAACAAUCUGUAAACAGCUCCUGCAGUAAAUUAGAUCGCCAUAUUUAUUCAUUUCCAAAGAGAAGACAAGUCAGCAACCCCUCGUUUCCUUCCCGUCAUUACCCCGCCAUUAUUCCUCUUUGCUCAACAAUUUGCAACACCCAAGCUCCCACCUCUGCAAUUGAGAGCUUCCAGCUGAUCCAGUGUCACAAUAGCAGGCGACGUAAUACGAGAUGGCUCAAUCACUCCCGUUCCGACAAAAUUACAGGAAGCCCUCGCGGCAAGCUUCUAUUGACCCUCACAAUGAUUUAAAUCCACACAUGGACCACUAUAUCGGUAUUGAUGUAGGUACUGGAAGUGCCAGAGCAUGUGUCAUCGACUCUUCUGGUGACAUUAAAGCUCUGGCAACUGAGAACAUUGGUCUUUGGCAACCCGAGACGGGAUACUACGAGCAAUCCACAACAGAUAUCUGGCGAUGUAUCUGCCAAUGCGUACACAGAGCUCUCAGCCAGCAUAACAUCGACCCUACCACCGUCCGUGGAAUAGGUUUCGACGCAACCUGUUCUCUGGCAGUAUUCGCACACGAUACAGAUGAGCCAGUCCCUGUCACUGGCCCAGACUUCAAGAACGAUGGAAAUGAUCGUAACGUCAUCCUAUGGCUCGACCACAGACCAAUCGAAGAGACCGAGAAGAUCAAUUCUACGGGCCAUAACCUCCUCCGCUAUGUUGGAGGCAAGAUGAGCAUCGAGAUGGAAAUUCCAAAGGUCCUAUGGUUGAAGAACCACAUGCCUCCUGAGCUUUUCGAUCGUUGCAAGUUUUACGAUCUGGCGGAUGCAUUGACACAUUUGGCUACUGGCAAUGAGACGAGGAGUUUCUGCAGUACCGUUUGUAAGCAAGGAUAUGUUCCUGUUGGCGUUGAUGGCAGCGUCAAAGGUUGGCAAGAGGAUUUCUACGAAACUAUCGGGCUGGGAGAUUUGACGAAAGAUAACUUCAUAAGAAUGGGAGGAGUCGACGGGGUGAAUGGAAAAUACAUGAGUGCCGGUGAACUUGUAGGUACCCUGAGCGAGAAAGCUGCUUCUCAGCUUGGCUUGCCUGCUGGUAUUGCCGUAGGAAGCGGUGUCAUCGACGCUUAUGCCGGAUGGGUAGGUACGGUGGGAGCAAAGGUCAACUUGGGCGCCGAUCAACUCGACUCUCAUGUCCCCAAGAACGACAUGUCCCAAGCAUUUAGCAGAUUAGCAGCUGUGGCAGGUACCUCGACUUGUCAUCUCGCCAUGUCCAAAGACCCAGUCUUUGUCAACGGUGUCUGGGGACCUUACCGUGACGUUCUCCUUCCAAAUUACUGGAUGGCUGAAGGAGGUCAAUCCGCCACUGGAGAGCUCCUCAAACACGUUCUGGAAACUCACCCAGCAUACAACGAAACAAUGUCCAUGGCCGAGUCCUUUAACACAAGCAUCUACGACUACCUUAACAACCACCUGGAAGAACUGAAGGACAAAAUCAACGCACCAACCAUCAGCUAUCUCGGUCGUCAUUUCUUCUUCUACGGUGAUCUCUGGGGAAACCGUUCUCCGAUCGCCGACGCAAAGAUGACAGGUUCAGUCAUCGGUCUCAGCUCUGAUCGCAGCAUGGACGGACUAGCCCUCUACUACUACGCCACCAUGGAGUUCAUCGCCAUGCAAACACGCCAAAUUGUUGAGACGAUGAAUUCGUCUGGUCACACUAUAACCAGUAUCUUCAUGUCAGGCUCUCAAUGCCAGAACAAGAUCCUCAUGGAGCUCAUGGCCACUACAUGCGGCAUGCCCGUCCUGAUCCCGAGAUACGUGCAUGCGGCCGUCGUCCACGGCGCAGCUAUGCUUGGAGCCAAAGCCGCAAGCGCAGAUAAGGAUGGGAAGACGGAGGAUCUGUGGAGUAUCAUGGAUCGGAUGAGUAAACCGGGUAAGGUGACGCGUCCAGGGAAGGACAAAGCGGAGAUCAAGUUGUUGAAUGUUAAGUAUAAGGUUUUCUUGGAGCAGUGCAGGACUCAGCAGGUUUAUAGGAAGGAAGUUGACGAGGCUACUGAGGGGUGGGCCGCUGAAUGAGUGAGAAGAAGAAACGAGGAG